AUGUUAAUCUUGCUGCAAUUCGGGCAGGGAUUUCCUCAAGGACGAGUGUUUUCUUCUAGCCUAGCAUCUCAUCGUCGUUUUUCCUCACAAGAGUGUAAACUAUUCCACGAAGCACGAAUCAGUCGAGGAAAUUUGCGACGAUUUCUGCUGACUCAGCUGUUUGGGGCUGAAAGGAAUGCAAGAACGAGUAUGACUACAGUCUGCGGACGUACGCAGCUGUCGGAUUGGAGAGGUAUUUCGAGUGCGAGCCGAGUUUAUGUGGCCAAUGGGUACGAAAUAUCAGAUGAUCUGCAAAGAAGACGCGUUGAGGUCCUGGAGAAACGAUACGGCGGUCGGGCGCGUGCCCAUCGAGCUGCCGUCGUCAUCCAACGAGCGUAUCGUGACUACCGCCUUAACAGGAGAUGGAGAGAAAUGACGUCACCCACACAAAGAUAUUCCAAUUCUCCAGGAAUAGACGAACAAUUAACCUUUCCGUCGAAGGCGACAUCAUCAAAAUUGUCGAAAAACACCACAUCUAACAGAUACCUACCUUCGACUUCACUCAGCGCUCAGCUCCGAGCUGAUCGAGCACAACUGGCCGGUUCAUCUGAGCUAUUGGCUAGAAAUAAACGAGCUCCACCAUCACCAUCACCUUCAUCUCCGCUUCCGAAUAGGAGUAUGAUAGAUAGCUUGAUGUCUCCACGUCUUGUGCAACGGAGAUUCCCAACAUCUGAUCGAUUUGUCGUCACUCAUGCUCCUGGAUGUCCUAGUGCAUGUAACGGGAACGUGAUAUGGGGACCUCAUGCGAAUGUCACUACAUCACCAAAUCUUAGCAAUUCCAAUAGUCUCUCUCGGAUAGAAAAAGUUGGGAUUAGAAACGAUGUAGAUCAUCCACGCCCUCCAGUAAGAUACUACAGUGAACAAGAACGGAAGCGACAGUAUCGAAUCGCGCUGAAUUUUUUCAAUAAGAAACCCGAACGUGGUGUUCAACUAUUGACCGCGUGGCGUUUCGUCGAUGAUUCGGCCGAAUCGCUUGCCAAUUUACUGUUUGGAAGGCGUGGACUUAGUAAGCAAAUGAUCGGCGAAUACAUUGCAACUCUACACUCCACAUUCCACUCCUGUGUUCUCAAAUAUUUCAUUGGCCAAAUAGACGUUCGUGGAUUAGAAGUCGAUGUGGCCCUUAGGAAAGCUAUGCAAUACUUUUUUCUACCGAAAGAAGCGGAAAAAAUUGACAAGAUUAUCCAGGAGUUUGCCCAGCACUAUGCGAAGUGUAACCCGAAACGAACGAAACAGUUCCGGGGUGGUUGGGAUACGAUACAUAUGAUUGCUUUCGCUGUAAUCAUGCUUAACACGGAUCUACAUUCGCCUAAUCUCAAGGCGUCACAAAGAAUGCAGCUAGAACAAUUCAUCCACAAUCUUCGCGGUCAAGACAAAAUGCGUGGUGAGAAAGAGGGUGUGAACAUCGAUAGAGCGUGUUUGCAAGGGAUUUACGAACGUGUUCGAGCGGAAGAGAUCCGUCCUGGUGAUGAUCAUGUUGCACAGGUUGCACGUGUGGAUGCUGCCAUAGUUGCUCGAGACAAACCGCGCCUCACCGAAACACAACGACGUCUAGUUUGUUACUGCCGACUGCAACAGGUGCUGGAUCCAUCACGAAAACAGUCAGUCGGCUCACAUGAAAGGGAUGUGUUCUUGUUCAACGAUAUGCUUGUGGUAGCAAAAGCAAUCAAUAGGCGCCGUUCCUCUUCGCACACCUCCUACACGCUAAAACAUUGGAUACCGUUGUUAGGAGCUACUGUUAAUGAAUUCAAGAGAGGUUGUUACGAAUUCGGUUUGACAGUCACUGGACCAGAUAGUCAAAUGUUGCAUUUCAACGCUAGGAAUUUUGAUGACAGAUGUCGAUUCGUAGCAGACGUAUUGGAAUCGAUUCGUGAGUCUUGCCAAAUGGAGGAAGUACGAUUAGAACUUGAAAUGGAAAAACACAAUCUGCGCACGGAUAACCAAAGAGAUAGCGGUCUACCGGAAAUCGAUAGCGCCGAGUGCCUUUUACCGCGUAAUCCGGCGAACUCAGCCGUUCAUGGUCCAGGUUUGGUGGGCACCUUCCGUCGUCUCUCAUUUAAUUCAUUGGAUUCUGGAGUAGUGGAGGAAACAUGUGACACAAAUUCCUGA